ACAUGUUUCUUUGCCAAUUUCUCCGGUGAAUCAUUAAAUCAGAUUCUUCCAAAUGUUUCGAAGCUAUUUUUAAUGUGUAAUACAUAGUAAAGAUUCUUUCAUUAUCCCGAUUUCGGACGGUAUAAACGUACGUCUGCCGGUGAAAGUGUUUUAGCGCUUCAAGAAACUGUGGGGAUAUAAAACCCUCCCUGGAUUUUAGUAAACCGUCCAUGAAACAAAGUCUCGUGCUCUCGUGAAUUGGAACGCGACUUGUGCUGACACCUGGUUCGUAUCGUCUGCAGUGGUACCUUCAUGCUGGAUUAGCGACUCCUGUUUCGCAAUUUCGAUUUUCUCAGUGCGGAUAAAUAGUCUGCAAAAAUGUAUUUCUAUCACCCACACACUGGCAGAUUCGAACAGGUUAAGCUUUAAUUCGGGCGGGGAACCAUGGUUAAAAAGAGGUCCCGUUUUAUGCCCGGCUUCCAGUCCCGUUUCAUGCCCGCUCCGAGACCACUUCCGAGCACGAGGUCCUCUGUGCGCUCGACCACAUUUGCUCCAUCCUUUAGACGCUCAUAUGAUGAUGACUUCCUGUAUGCCCCAUACAGACCUUCAGUUCUUCCACAUUACUCAUAUGACACUUCAGGGAGCGAAUAUGCAACAGCGUCGGAUAUCAACCGUGAGCUGAUCAUGUCGUCUGCAGCGAUGGAAGACAACUUCGACAUCUCCAACAGGUCCAGACAGAGAGACAGGGACGUCCUUGCUGCAGCAAACAGAGCCAUUAGUACCCCCAUGGAAACACCUACAAUAAAUGAGCCCCUGCAGUCCAGCACGGGUACCACGGGAUAUACGAGGCGACGAUCCACAACCAGGCGCUCCAAAGCACCGCCACGCUCACAUAGUGUUCCACCAAAACGACCAACAUACACUACCACCACAUGCAUUCUUCCUUUAGAUCUUAAAGCAUCUGAUCCACCUAAACCAUCAGCAUAUCUCAACUAUUCAAAAACAAUAGAUAACAUAAGACACUUGCAAUGCGGAACAUACGAUCCAAUGUAUUCCGAUACGGUACGAACUUCAUUUUCACCGUCACGUGAUAUUUCACCUUAUAGAACGGAUUCACCAUUUAGAUCCGAUUCAUCAUAUAGGUCAGUGUCCCCUUAUCGCGACAUUUCUCCGUACAGAGAUACAUCUAUAUCUCCUUUAGAAACAAGGUCACGACUAGUUAAAAAACGACAUAAACCACCGCGGGUACUUGCCUCCAAACGUAGGGUUGGCAACUACUAUGACCGUUUACUAUCUAAGAAAUCGAAAAGUGGUAAAGAAGGAAAGUACUGGCCAUAUAUUGACGUAGAAGAUAUUGAUAAAGAGAGUCUAGGUGAUAUUUUAAGUGAUACUGAAGUGGAUAUUACAGGUAAUUCUGGCUGCCGUUACGAUUACGUUAUAACAGGUGGGGACGAUGGUUCGGGAAUGUCUUACGAACCAAUAACGUAUUCGUAUAAUUACGAUUCUGAAUCAGACAUUCCGGAUGAUUAUGUACCUUUUAGACCUAAGGCGAGGGUUGUAAGUCCCGAACGCGACUAUUCACAAAUGUCAGUAAUACCCUAUUUGCCGACACGUGAUCCUACCAAAAACACAUCACAGGAUGAUAUUUCAUUUAAUGCAGUAGUUGCUGCGUCGGCCGCAAGGGCUCGAAAAGCUUUAGAAAAUAUAAAUUGGAAUGAAUUUGAGAGUGCUGGUCUCGUUUUAAGUGUAGAGGGUGAAUACACGCCCCCGUCUGAAGAGGCCCCGUUAGGAUUUAGGUAUAUAAGUCGUCCUAUCAUGCUUAAAGUACCAGCUAAUCAAAGAGUACGCGCUGCUGAUUCUGACAACGCUUUUACCAAAUACAUGACGGAUUUACAAAAAUUCAGGGAGAGUAUACGCGCACGUUUGGAGGACGGUUACAAGGCAAUUUCGCGUGAAACCUCCUCUUGCGUUUCGCCUUCAUUACCAGCAAUUGCAUCUUCAUCAUACACAUCAAUGUACACACGACCAAUCAGAACACAUUAUCGGUCACGCCUGACAGAUGACACAGGAUACAAAUACGGGCACAGCUUAGAAUUAUAUCCCCUGUCAAGUGGAUCAAGAACACGAUCAUUAACGGCAUCUGAUGAUCUUCCGCAUUCGGGGGCUAUCAAACUGUACGACUCCAAACAUGAUAAAUACGAAAGAUUAGGUACAUUGGCAAGAGUCGAAAUUAAGGCGGCACUUCUAGCAAAUAAAGUGGAAGUAGACUUACCAAGGAGACGUACUCCAAGGUCUAGUUAUGCACAAGCUAGACUUAGAGAAAUGCGCAAAUCAAAGCAAAUGGAUGAUGUCGACGCUCAACCCGUUGCUGUUGCCGAGGUCACAUCCGGCCUUAGAGCGCACGCACCAGUUUACGACCCUACCUUCGGAAAACCCUACUGGGGUGUUGAGGGAGUCAGAAAACCAAAUAUAAUGUCGUGGCAGUAUAGAUUAGACGCAUAUGCGUCUCCGGACGACUUGAUUAUAGUGCCGCGAUCACUUAACGCCGUCCGAUCACAGUUAAGGGAUGCGCAUGAAAAGCUUGAUCACCAUAAGCAACUCAUGGACAGAUAUCUCGUCGCUGACAAGGGCUUCUCGGUGGAAGACAGCAUUGUUCUUAUGAACAUCAAAAGCCAGGCGCCAAUCUCAGAGCCUGCUUCGCUUAAUGAGGCCAAGAAAUCGGACAAGGUGAAGAAAAAUCGAAAGAAGCUUAUGCGAAAACAUCAGAACGAUUAUUGACGCUAACAAGCGCUUCAUUUUUUGGGAUCAUCUUAACCCCUUUUGACUAAUAUUUGCUGGUCUAAAUCUUAUGUGUGCUUACAUGUUAAUGACUGAAUAGGACUGAAUGACAAAAAAAUGAGAAAAAAUAUGAACGAGAACCCCGUGCAUAAUUUUGUUGACUAACGAAAUCUUGUUUCGAAUAAUAGGAGGACACGAUGAAUGGCGUACUAUUUAUUUAUUGAUUGAUUUAUUUUGUAUUUUAUUCACACAAAAAUAUAUGUUCAACAAAAGAGUUUAGUGUCUAAAGUCAUGUCAUUAAAACAUGUUUUUGUUCAAGAAGUUCUAAAACUAAAUAGAAAGGCCUCUCAUUCUUGAUUUAAAAAAAGAUUAUUUUGAACUAUUGUUGUGCUUUCUUUGUUUUAUAUAUUGUUAGGCUGUAAAUGAUUUUAAUUCAUAACAUAUGUAAAUAGUUGUUUUUGUUUUUUUUUCUUUUAAAAGUUUACGAAUAUCUCCUCCUAUAAUCCAAAUGUAUCAAAACAACACUUGUGUAUCUGCCAAAUAUAUAACGAUGUGUAUAUAAUUCAUUAUUUUGUAUCAAAUAUGCAAAGAAUCACUAUAUAAAUAUUAAUAUUAUAAGAAAUUCCAUAAGCUUACAAUUAUUACACGAGACGUAAUUUCACUUGAAGUAAAACAAGUAUAAUACAUAUUAACACAAUAUUUACCAAUUAAUUUUCAUUAAAAUUUAGUUAGUCCUGUAAUGUAAUAUUUUUUUUUGAAUUUAAGUGAGUAAUUUUACUUAAACUUCGGUUGAGAAAAUUUAUUGUCAUAACAUCACCACUAAGAACUGAUAUUACAAAAACAUAUGCUUCCCAGGGCAUUUGAAACACGGCCCAAUCGAAGUUUGACUAUUAUUGCUCAUAUCUGGUAAAUCAUACUUACUACGUUGGAAAUAUUAGGUUUUAUUUUUGUAUCAGUCAUUGUUAUUGUAAACGCAUGUAGCGAUUGUAAAAACAUGUCAGUUAUUUCAUCGUGAACGGCCCGUGUUUCCUCUGUAAUGACUGUAUUAAGACAUGUAUAUUCAGAGCUUCAUUCUGCGGUAUGUUGCUAGAAGUGAUUUCGUUUUCUUUGUGGAUAAAAUUAAAUAAAAAAUGGCGAAAUCACA